AUAUUGAUGAUAAACAUACAGUAUGAACACAUUGACACAAUUCCUUUUUAAAAUUAUAUUCCAGAAACAUCAUUUGAGUAUUUCCAGACGCGGCAUCUUAAAUAAAUCAUUGGGAGGGAAACACAAAUGUACGUUCUGUCGAGAAGUAAUUGAAUGUGUCAUGACGAAAACAUUCUGGGAUGCUCAGUGUUCCUUGAUUAUUGCCUGUUUUUGAAGGGAAGUACGUUGUUUCCCCCCUUGCACUUGACCAAUGAACACCACUUAACAAUUUGUUGAGUGUUUUUCGUGACGAAUUCUUCUUACCAUUUUUUUACCUUGUCACGUUCUUUUACUUUCGGUUUGCGUUCCAAAGUUCAGCUAUGAGACAUACUGAAACGAGUUGACGGUGGCCGAAAUUCCGCACAGCUGAAGUAACGACCUCACCUCUUUUCCGAAAUUGAGUUUGUUCCAGCGACCUAUCCGGGGGAUAAAAAUACAAUACAUUCAUUUUUUGUUUUUCACGCUUUAGGCAACAUGACCGCAAGAGUUGAAAACAGCGACCUAACUUCUCCGGUUAGCUUUAAAGCUAACGCUGCGACUCAUUUGAAGAAGAAAACAACUAUUUACGCCGUUUAUGUAAUCGCUGCAUUGGACAUAACAUGGAUGUUUUUACAGUUCUCCAUAACGCCGUUUUUGGCAAGGAAACUGGGCUUUGACACUUUGUGGUUUGGUUAUUUACAAACCACUGUUGGUGUCAUGCAGCUGGUUGGCGGGCCUUUGUUUGGAAGGUUUGCGGAUGUUCUCGGGGCCCGAGCAGCAAUGUCAUUGGCGUGCACCGCCAACAUUGUUUUCUUCAUUCUACUGGCUAUUGCAGACUCUCCUGUCAUGCUUUUUGUGCACAAACUCCCCACAAUUGUCAUGCAUAUCCUCCCAGCUUCUCAGAUGGUUGUAUCAGACCUUUCAGAACCCGAAAAACGCGCCGAUGGACUUUCCAAACUAGGACUCUGUUUUGGCAUUGGAAUGAUAGCUGGCUCCACUGUAGGUGGCCAUCUUGUCAAAAGCUAUGGGGAGACAUUUGCUGCAUGCAGUGGUGCUGCAGGGAGCUCAUUCAGUUUGCUGUUGGUAUUAAGCUUUAUUCCUCGAACCACUAAAGUUCAAAGUCCAGCCUCCAAAACAGAUUCUGAGACCAAAAGCAAGUCCAUAUUUGAUGUUGGCCAGAUCACAAGACUCAUGAAGUUUCCAGGCGUGACACCGACCUUUGUUGUGAAGAUUGUUUCAAGCUUGCCGUCAGGCAUUUUCCAAGUGAUGUUCUCUAUAAUCACAUUGGACUUUUUCAAGUUGACACCUGAGCAGAAUGGAUACAUAAUGGCAUAUUUUGGAGUAGCUCAGAUGGUGGUUCAGGGCGGAGUGAUUGGGCGACUUACAUCAAGGUACUCUGAGAGUUCACUGCUACUUCUGUCUGUUGGAAUUUCUGCUUUUGUGGGCCUUGCUCAGGCUUACAUGCAGAAUGUGUUCCAUUUCUGCCUGACCGUGGUCCCCAUGAUCUUGUCCCUCAGCAUUUUUAAUGUCAUCACAGACAGUUUGCUCACCAAGAGUGUACCUCCCUCUGAUACAGGCACAAUGUUGGGACUGUGUGCAUCAGUUCAGUCUCUACUUCGGACAGUUGGACCGACCAUUGGCGGCUUCCUCUAUGUGAACUAUGGCAUUUUCUCCAUCGGCUUUCUUCAGUUUAUUGUAAAUAGUUCUGUGCUUGCAUACCUGCUGAAGCGUCGACUCAACAAGAAAGACGGAUAUAAAGAAUGAUACUCUUAAGCUUGUCAAAUCUGUAUCUCCCAACCAGCUUGACAAAAAAAAAUGAAGGUGGGUUUUUCCAACCGUAUUUAAAUGAUUCCAAUGUAUAAUGCAAGCUUGUUUUGAAUAUUCCGAUUCAAAUGACUUUUUUUAGGAACACAGUGGCCCUAAAUUUUAGGGAGCACAUUGUAAAUCUUCACAUUUCCACUCAUUUUUUUUUUCCAAGAUGGCACCCGAGUAGGCAGCCUUUGGCAAGUGCUCUUCAAGAGCCUUGCUUUUUUGUUCUUUUUUGGUGUUUUUGUCUUUUGUUUUGUCAACAUGUUGUUUGUUGUUUCAUCGUGUGGACCUGAUAUGGACUGUUUUCAGCCUUUUUUGGCCACGACAUUCAUCAAAGGAGAAGCAUCUGUGCUUGGUGGCUGCGCCUUCUCGGCAGCAUGCCUGUACCAGCACAGAUUUUGAUUGGAGGAAUGUCGGUGCUGGACAGACCUGGGGCGCUUGUGUUUUUUGCGCCUGUAAUGGGCAGCAUUUUUCACAACCCUGUUUUGUUCAGUGGAUAUGUCGGCGUUGUUGGACAGUCGGCUGCUGAAGUUGAGGAUGAGGAGAGAGGAGCGUUGGCGCAGAGCGCCGAUGCGUAUUUGGAACCGAGAGUCGCCGCUUGGAAUUGAAAUGGAUUUCCAUGGGACAGGAGAAGUGAACCAAUCUCUUUUUUCGUCAAUGGAUGCUACAGCUUCUUGUUGACUUUCAAACUUAGCUUGUAGCCGACGUGUGCACAUUUUGAGCAUGAUGUCUCUGAUCCACUGGUUAAAGGGCACUUUGAUUCUCUCUUUCAUCUCUAACUGCUUCAAACAACAAAGCGUGUGACGGAAAAGUGGUUAGGACUGCACGACUGUCCGUGUUUUAUGUUAUGUGUUGUGUUUAUUAUUUUACUUUGUUAACUGUUUUGUUAAGCGCUUUGUUACAGCUGCUGCUGUCGUGAAAGCGCUAUAUAAAUCACCAUGUAUUGUAUUGUAUUGUAUUGUAUUCCUAAUAAAUGAGCUGCAAUGUG